CUACCUCCUCACACUCGCUGUGUGUGCUGUCAAUAAUUGAUGAUCGUUACUGACUCAAAGGGUAACAGGUCCGGGAGAAAUUGCCUCCCCCAUUGAUUUAUUUAUUUACAAGUCUAUCUUUAAGUUCAGUCGGGCUGAGAAAACACCACAAGUGUGUUUAUUAAAGCAGGAGGAUCGAUGGCAUGCAGCCGCCGGACCGCGUCCGUUCAAUGGUCCAUGGCGGCCGCUGCACCUGCGACCAUGAGCGGGUUAAUGCUCAAUGUCUGGCUGACAGCAGGACAGGGGGAGGAAAAGGGAGCUUAAAUGAGUGAGAGGCAGGGGGGCAGAGAGAAAGAGGAGUGACAGAAUGACAGAGUGAAUUAAUUCAACCUUAGACAGACCUGAUUGACUAGGUAGUAAACUGGCAUGUGAAAACAUUCACAGCUGAGCCAUGGAGAGAGAAAAGAGGAAUGACAUGUCUUCCUCCAGAAAGAGAAGUUUCACUUUUGAGCCGUAUGGAAGUUCUCACUUCCUUGUUUACAGUGUGGACGGACACACAUGCGGGGAUGAGACGAGACCCGAAUCUGCUGAGGGAAACAUACUGGACAUCCUGGACUCGCCCCCCAGGGACAGACAGCCUUCCCGCUCUGCCAGCAGCAACCAGAGGGACACAGAGUUUUUUGAAAUCAUUGAAAAGCUGCAGGGCAGCAGGAUCGAUGAGCAGCGGUGUGAAUUCCCUCUUCCUCUGAAGUCUCGGCUUCUGACGAUAGGUGGAGAACUGCCGCUCAUCCUCUCUCCGAAGCUGGGGGGCUACUGGAUAGACCCCCCCCUGGAGAGGCUGGCGGAUGUGAGUCCCACCUCCUCGUGCCACGGCCUCGAUCCAGAGAGCUACGACAUCAUGGAGAGAGACGCGGAGGCCAGAAUCUACCACGAGUUCUUCCGCUCACGGUACCAUCACUCGUUCACGGCCGUGGAUCCGUCGCUGGGGCCUCUGGUUCUUUCCGUGCGUUUGGAGGAAGAGGAGAGCAAGCUGCGGGUGAUUCUGAGAAUGAAGGAGUGCUCUCUUCAUGGAGUUUUCUCUGUCUCUCUUUUCCCCAACAUCCCAUCUGCUGUUGAGUUAGCAAAGAUGCUCUGCGAUAGAGUGACUGUCUCAAAAUUUGAAGUGGUCAGCUACCUAAAGGCUCCAGAACUCAUAACUACGUUUGAUGAACACAGAGUGUCUCCUAAUUUCAAGUUUGGCAUUUUGUACCAAAAGAACGGGCAGUUCACAGAGGAAGACAUUCUUUGCAACACUGAGGAAAGUGAAGAGUUUAAAGAGCUCCUCUCUAUUUUGGGAGAGACGAUUCAACUGCAAGGCUUCGCCGGAUUCAGGGGAGGACUGGAUGUGUGUCACGGUCAGACAGGAAGGGAAGCCGUCGUUACUUCCUUUCGUGGCCGGGAAAUCAUGUUCCACGUUGCAACUAAACUGCCGUUCACAGAGGGCGACCCGCAGCAGUUACAGAGAAAAAGACACAUCGGCAAUGACAUUGUAGCUUUGGUCUAUCAGGAGGGCCAAACCCCCUUUUUAUCUGACGUUAUCAAGUCUCACUUCCUGCACUGUUUCCUGGUGGUCCGGAGGACUCCGGGUCCAGAGGACACGGGUAAAACGGCCUACCGGGUGUCCAUUACAGCCAGAGAGGACGUCCCCCCCUUUGGUCCGUCCCUCCCGGAUCCCCCUGUCUUCACCGAUUGUUCCCUACUGAGAGAAUUCCUUCUGACUAAACUCAUCAAUGCAGAGAUUUCCUGCUACAAGGCUCAACGAUUCAGCAGACUAGAGCUCCGCACGCGUUCGUUGCUUCUAGAGAGCCUGCAGGUUGAACUCGCCACCCGUUCCAAGUGCAUGAUGGGAAAUCCCUCCCUGUCUGCUCGCCCAUCUUCUGAGGGUGCACGGGGGGUCUCUGAGGGGACUGGAGGAUUCAUUGAAAACUUCAAGAGAGCCAUUAGAGUGCGAAGUCACUCUUUCGAGACUCUUGGGGUAACCAGAAAGACGAGUGGAAGUGCAUCACAGAAACCAAAGACAGAUAAAGACGGAGAGGGUGACAAAUCUCCAGGACAUCUCUCUGCUGACAGUUUGGGGUCGACUGAACUUAAAGAUCAAGCAAGCCCUCAGGAAGAAACAUAAAAGGAAAUAGACAUUUGUAGAUUUAAAUGUUAAAAUAAAUAGAUAUUGCCAGGCAAUUACUGCUUUAUUAUCAGCCGGAUGGCUUCAAUGUAAAUAGAAUGUAAAAGUAAAUAGUAUUUAUGUGAAUAUAAUUAUUUUACUGCACGUCAUAGCAUUGCUAUUUUACAUUAACUAUGUUAAAUUGUAUAACAGAGACAUGUUAAAGAUAUAAAACUACCUGAAAAAGUAAAAUGAUUUAAGUUUGGACUUUGCUAGGUCCUUGUCAAUAAAACGGUUUUACUUCAAAAAAUGAUGGAAGUAGAGACAUGACGUCGGGAAGAGACACAGUUUGGAAAAGCAGAGGAAAUUAAUUUAAGAUUAGCAAACAUGGGAGUGAGUCUUGUUUUGUUAUAUAGGAAGAAAUGAUUAUUAUAAAUAUGGUAGAUAUUGACAAUUUAAGAAAAAAUAUGUUGAACUGAAUGUUAAAGGAAACAAAAGAGAGGAGGAAGAAUAUAUACUUGUAAUGCAAAAAUAUAUUUUGUGUAAACAUGUGAAAAUACAUUGAGCAAAACUCUGCAUUCAAAUGUUACAUAAGUAAAAUAAACGUUUUAUGAGCAAUUAAUUAUUAUAUAAUUAGAUUUAUUUUGUGUAAUUAUUUAUAUUAAAUAUAUUUAUAAAAUGUACCACACAAUAUGUAGAUAAAUAAUAAAGAAAAAAAGAGAAUUAUUUUUGCUUUCAAACGUAGCAUAGGCCUAAAGAAGAAGUACCUAAGUUGUACUUACAUCUACGGUCAAAACGACACUUUCUAACAAAGGAGGUCGUAAAUUUAAAUUUGGAAAACUAUGACA